AGUAUAGAAGGCAACAUUCACACUCACAAGCUCUUUCUGCAACUCAGCUGAGCUCAGAACUCCUGACAACAUGUCUUACAACUGCAGCUCUGGAAACUUCUCGGCUCGCUCUCUUGGAGGUUACCUGAGGUACCCAGUUUCUACCUUUGAUUCUUUCUCCCCCAGCAAUGUAGUCUACUCUCCUAGUGCUUGCCAGCUGGGCUCCUCUCUCUACGAUGGCUGUCAGGGGAGCCUCUGUGAGCCCGCCAGCUGCCAGCCAUCCUGUGCUGUGGCCAGAUCCCACUGGACAUCCUGCUUCCGCCCAAAGAAUUUCAUCUUCUACAGUCCCUGCCAAACAAAUUACACUGGAUCUCUAGGAUGUGGAAACAUUGGCCUUGGAUCUUUUGGUUACAGAAGCACUGGCUUCCAGUCUCUGGGCUGUGGGUCCAGCUUCCUCCGCCCAACUUGCUUUUCUUCUAGGAGCUGCCAGUCAACUUGUUACCGACCAGCCUUUGGCUCUCGCUUUUUUGGAUCAACUUACUGAAUAUCCCUCAUUAUCUUAUGGUUAUGUCUGCACUUCACAAAGCUUUAACACUCAGCCUGUGCAAUAUCUUUGAUUACUGAUCAUCUGCAUCACCAGGACUUGUCAUCACAGUCCUCUUGGAAACACGCCGUUUACUGUGGACAAAGUAACCCUGGCCUGAGAUAUUUUCUAAAUCUGACAUAUGAGAUAUGUCUUGAACUUUCGUUCUUAUGCCAAUGUUCAGAAUCACUUCUGUUACUACCUAAGUCUUCUCUUAUUAUUCUCCUAAGAUUCUUUCACUUAAAUGUAUUUCACAUAGAUAUGGCAUUUAAAAUAAACUUAUUUCUCUAGCAUGAA